CUCCAGAAACUUCUGGACGCUGUUUUACAGCCUCAGCUUCGGAUACACAGAGCAGGCAGAUCUUCGUCACAGGUCUCUCCAAGACGCUGGUUUUGGUUUGGAUGCACACAAAGCGGACCAGUCCUUUGGAGUCAGACUUGGUACUCACAACUCGACCCAUCUUCCAGGAUCCUCUUGGAACUGUAGCAUCGGCAAUGAUGACAAUAUCUCCUGGGGAGAAGUUUCUUCUUGGGGCUGCCCAUCUCUGUCUUUCUUGCAUCACAAACGUCCAGCAGGUGGUGGUUAAAGAAGAUGUUCUCCCUGACCAGCAGGAGUUGAGCACCAGUCUGGACCAGGAGGACCCAGAGCCCCCCCCACACAUUAAGCAGGAACAGGAGGAACUCGGGGUCAGUGAGGAGGUGGAUGAGGCUGAUAUCACCAAGUCCACUUUCACUCCUGACCCUGUGAAGAGUGAAGAUGAUAAAGAGAAACCUCAGUCCUCACAGCCUCAUCAAAGACAAACUGAACACAUGGAAACAGAAGCUGAUGGAGGUGACUGUCGAGGACCAGAACCAGCCAGGAACUCAGAUCCAGAGAGCAGUUUACAACCAAAGACUGAGGACCACACAGGAGACUCUUCUGAACCUGACACUGAAGACUCUUCUGAACCUGACUCUCACAGAGAUGAGAGGAGCAGCUAUGAGUUUCACUGCAGCAGCGAGUGGAUUAGUCGUCUUCCUGCUCUCUGUGUCAGUGGUUCAGGAUGGAAAGGUGGUGUUAACACAGUAGAGAAAACUUUCUGGGUCACUGAGAAGAAAGAUGAUGAAUUUGUAGAUCUGACCACAGUCUCAGAGUAUGCAGGUCGUGUUGAGGAUCUCUGUGAAAACAACAUCUGCAUUCUGAGACUCAGAAACCUGAGAGAGAGCGACUCAGUUCAGUACAAGUUCAGGAUCAAAACAAACCAAGAUACAUACUUUGGUUAUCCUGGACCCACUCUGUCUGUCACAGAUCUCCAGGUGGAGGUGAGCAGAUCAAGAUCAUCUACUCUCCUUCAGUGUCCCAGCAGUUGUCCACCUGGUCAUACUUCUUACAUCUGGUUUAAGAAUGGACAUGAAGUGAAGGAAGACACAUCUCCUGAUGCAAACUUCAGAUAUAAUUCAGCAGACUGUUAUUCCUGUGCUCUGAAGGGAUAUGAGGACUUCCCCUCUCCUUCAGUGUACUAUCCAAAGCCUCCCUCUGUGUCAGUGAGUCCCUCUGCUGAGAUAGAGGAGAGCAGUUCAGUGACUCUGACCUGUAGCAGUGAUACUAACCCAGCAGCUAACUACACCUGGUACAAGGAGGAUGGAAAUGCACACCUUUCUUCUUUCAAUGAAGGACCACGUCUUUUCCUCAGCUCCAUCCCGUCCUCUGACUCUGGACAGUAUUACUGCAGAGCUGGGAAUCUGCUGGGGAACACAAUAUCUGAAUCCAUCUCUAUUGAUGUGACAUAUGCUCCAAAGCCUCCCUCUGUGUCAGUGAGUCCCUCUGCUGAGAUAAAGGAGGGCAGUUCAGUGACUCUGACCUGUAGCAGUGAUGCUAACCCAGCAGCUAACUACACCUGGUACAAGGAGGAUCAAAAUGCACACCUUUCUUCUUUCAAUGAAGGACCACGUCUUGUCCUCAUCUCCAUCCAGUCCUCUGACCCCGGACAGUAUUACUGUAUGGCUGAGAACAAGCUGGGGGUGAAGACAUCUAACAGCAUAUCCAUUGAUGUGAAAUAUGCUCCAAAGCUUCCAUCUGUGUCAGUGAGUCCCUCUGCUGAGAGAGAGGAGGGCAGUUCAGUGACUCUGACCUGUAGCAGUGAUGCUAACCCAGCAGCUAACUACACCUGGUACAAGGAGGAUGAAGACUCUCCAAAAGCUUCAGGACAGAUCUUCACCAUCACUGACUUCAGAGCAAAACACAGUGGGAGUUAUUCCUGUGGAGCCCAGAACAAGUUAGGACGUAGCAACUCCACCUUUCAUCUGAGUGUUGGAACAGCAACCCAAGCAUAUUCAAAAUGUCAGUGUUCAGGGAGGAACCUCCAUGGUGUCAGAGGUGGAUCACACUGA